UCCCCCCCCCGGAGGGACCCGCAAGCCCCUUCCCCCGGCCACACACCGGGCCUCGCUGCCCCUCCCGGAGCUGGAAAGGAAUUGGGUGUCCGGGACCCCCCGACCCCCGGCGUGCGGGACCCGCCCGAUGCUGGUGCUGCUGUGGGUGACAGUGACAGUGGCGGCGGUGGCUGGGGAGAGCCAUGAGGCAGCUGUGCAGUUCCUGGCAGUAGGUGACUGGGGGGGGGUCCCCGACCCCCCUUUCACCACCCCCCGCGAGAUGUCCACAGCGACAGCCAUGGGACGUGCGGCCACCGACCUCGGCGCUGACUUUGUCCUCGCCCUCGGGGACAACUUCUACUAUGAGGGGGUGCAGGAUGAGUGGGACUCCCGCUUCCAGGAGACGUUCGAGCAGGUGUUCACAGCCCCAGGGCUGCGGCAGCUGCCCUGGUUCGUGCUGGCUGGGAACCACGACCACGCUGGGAAUGUCACCGCGCAGCUGGCCUACAGCCACCACUCCCCCCGAUGGCACUUCCCGCACUACUACUACAGUCUGCGGCUCUCCCUGCCGGGCACCAACGCCUCGGCCCGGCUGCUGGUGCUGGACACGGUGCAGCUCUGUGGCGGCGUGGACGACUUCGGGGUGGGGGGAGCCCCCCGUGGCCCCCGGGAUGCAGCGGCGGCGGCAGCACAGCUGGCCUGGCUGCGGGGGCGUCUGGCGGCCGCGCGCCACGACCGCUACGUGCUGGUGUCCGGGCACUACCCGGUGUGGUCGGUGGCCGAGCACGGUCCCACCGCCUGCCUGGUGCGGCUGCUGCAGCCGCUGCUGCGGCGCCACCGCGUCACCGCCUACCUCUGCGGCCACGACCACAACCUGCAGUUCCUGGAGGAGGGAGGGGUGGGCUACGUGGUGAGUGGUGCUGGCAACUUCAUGGAGGAGACGCAGCGCCACAGGGGGGCCGUGCCCCCUGGCUCCCUCCGCUUCUUCUUCGGGGCGCCCACAUCCCCCGGUGGCUUCGCCCACCUGCGCCUGGAUGCCCACGCGGCCACUGUCACCUUCCUGGAGGCCACUGGCCGCGUCCUCUACCGCGUGGCCCUGCCCCCCCGUGACCUGUGACCCCUCCCGAGACCCCUGCGGCACCGGGACCUGAAGGACCCCAGGGUAGCGGGCGAUACGCAGGGGCACCCAGGGGGUGCUGGGCUCCCCAUCACGGACCCCUGGUGUGCCCAGGACCAGCCAGCAGGACUCCCCUGGGUUCUGGGGGACCCAGUGGGGGCACAGAGUGGGGACCCCCUGUGACCUGUGGGAAACAGGAGGAGACCCCCACAUGAUCCCCGACCUCAGGGACACAGGGCGGGACCCCCGUGACCCCGACCCCGGGGACCGCCCAGGCGCUGCGGGCGCCUCUAGCCCGAAUUCCCCCCCCCAAUAAAGGGCUUCGGAGAGGGA